GCUCCAGAGAGGCCCAAACCAGAAACCCAUCAACAUGAAACUCAUCAGCAUGGCCCUGAUGUGUCUGCUGCUGGCUGCCAUGUGGCCACAAGAUGUGGACAGCAAGAGCAUGCACGUGGCCUCCUCUCGCUGCUGCUUCAGCUUUCUGAAGAAAAUGCCUCCCCAGAAGUCAAUCCAGUGUUACAGAGCGAUCAGCCCCUCCUGUUCCCACCGUGCUGUUGUAUUCAGGAUGAAGAAAGGUCAAGAAAGCUGUGCCAAGAGUACAGAUGCGUGGGUUCAACGUUACCUGAAGGAGGUGAAACCCUGCCUGCUGAGGUGAAGCUGAGCUCCGCCUUCCCAUCCCGGCCCCGAGACUGGAGCAUCCCUUCACUCAGUCCCCCACCCUCCAACUGCCGUCACCCUCUGCCCACUGUUACA